AUGAUUGUGUCAUUUAUUAAAAUUCAUGAAGAGGGCGUGGCAGAGAGCACAAUGCCUUGGGGCCGUUCUAUACCGCUUGGCUGGUUCAACAACAUGGCAAAUAAUAUGAUGGUGCUAGAGGGAAUUGGUGUUGUUUUGCCCGUCGAAAAUUCAUGCAAGAACAAACCUUUGUUUCCGCUGGUGCUCACCGUCGUUCUGUACUUGGUUGUUGGCUGGUAUUUCUUGUACGGCUUGGUUGGAUACCUGGCGUAUGGUGGGGCACUUGAGGUGUCGCUGGUGGAUGCACUACCCAAGGAUCCGUUUUCCAUUGUUUUGCGUGUGGCAUUUAUGAUCAACAUCCUGUGUUCAUAUCCGAUUCUCUUUAUGCCCGGAAUUUUGCAAAUUGAUUCACUUCUUGGGUGGCCUUUCCGGUCCUGGAAAGCAAUCUUAAUGCUACUUGCGGUAAAUCUUGUUGUGUAUGCUGUUGCAAUUGGUCGCGGGAACUGA